GGGGCCCGGCGGUCCAUGCAUCCGCCGCCGCCAGCCGCUGCGAUGGAUUUCAGUCAGAACAGCCUGUUCGGCUACAUGGAGGACCUGCAGGAGCUCACCAUCAUCGAGAGGCCGGUCCGCCGGAGCCUCAAGACACCAGAAGAAAUAGAAAGAUUGACAGUCGAUGAAGACCUCAGUGAUAUUGAAAGGGCUGUCUAUUUGCUCAGUGCUGGUCAAGAUAUCCAAGGAACGAGCGUGAUUGCAAAUCUUCCAUUUUUGAUGCGGCAGAAUCCUGCUGAGACGCUUCGGAGAGUCUUGCCAAAAGUCAGAGAAGUCCUGCUUGUUGCAGGAGUGGAAAUGCAGUUAACGGCUGCGGUAUCAUUUUUGACCAUUCUACAGGAAGAGUCAGUGUCGAUCCAUGCAUAUGCCCACUCUUUCCUCCAAGUCAUUUUGCUGCAUCUGGAGCACAGAGACACAGGUGUCAGCAAUGCAUGGUUGGAAACUCUUCUGUCUGUUAUAGAAGUAUUGCCAAAAGAAACCCUAAGGCAUGAGAUUUUGAAUCCGCUUGUUUCCAAGGCACAACUUUCCCAAACUGUCCAGUCUCGUUUAGUUAGUUGUAAAAUUUUAGGAAAAUUGACUAACAAAUUUGAUGCCCAUAUCAUUAAAAGAGAAAUUCUUCCCCUGGUAAAAUCACUCUGUCAAGAUGUAGACUAUGAAGUUCGAUCUUGUAUGUGUCGGCAAUUAGAAAAUAUAGCUCAGGGCAUUGGGACAGAACUUACAAAAAGUGUGGUACUCCCUGAAUUAAUAGAACUCUCCGGGGAUGAAGGCAGCAGUGUGCGACUUGCAGCUUUUGAAACUUUGGUUAAUCUGCUUGACAUAUUUGAUACAGAUGACAGAAGUCAAACUAUACUUCCGUUAGUGAAAUCAUUUUGUGAAAAAUCUUUCAAAGCAGAUGAAUCAAUUCUUAUUUCUUUAUCUUUCCAUUUUGGAAAACUAUGCUAUGGACUAUAUGGAAUUUUUACUCCAGAUCAACACUUGAGAUUUUUGGAGUUUUAUAAGAAACUUUGUACAUUGGGUUUGCAACAAGAAAAUGGACACAAUGAAAACCAGGUUCCACCUCAAGUCCUAGAGCAGGAGAAGAAAUAUAUUUCAGUACGGAAGAACUGUGCUUAUAACUUUCCGGUGUCUAAACUUCUGAAUUCUGGAGUAUGUUUAAUACAUAAAGAACUAAUAACAUUAUUACAAGACGAAUCACUGGAGGUACUAGAUGCUCUUAUAGAUCAUCUUCCAGAAAUCUUGGAACUUAUGUCUACUGGUGGAGAAAGCAGUGUUCAAGAAAAUAAGUUACCCUCUCUGCCUGACUUGAUUCCAGCACUCACAGCUGCUGAACAGAGAGCUGCAGCCUCUUUAAAAUGGAGAACUCAUGAGAAGCUACUGCAGAAAUAUGCCUGUCUGCCACAUGUCAUAUCCAGUGAUCAGAUAUAUUACCGUUUCUUACAAAGAAUGUUCACCAUCAUGAUGACAAAUAAUGUCUUACCUGUCCAAAAGGCAGCUUCACGAACUCUAUGCAUUUUUCUACGUUACAAUCGUAAACAAGAACAGAGACAUGAGGUCAUUCAAAAAUUAAUCGAACAACUGGGCCAAGGAAAAAGUUAUUGGAAUAGACUUAGAUUUUUGGAUACCUGUGAAUUUAUUAUAGAGAUCUUUUCCAAGUCAUUUUUCUGUAAAUAUUUCUUUCUACCUGCUAUUGAACUGACACAUGAUCCAGUAGCAAAUGUGAGAAUGAAACUUUGCUACCUGUUGCCCAAAGUGAAAUCUACCCUGAAGAUUCCUACAGAUAAGCAUCUACUUCAGCAGUUAGAAAUGUGUGUGAGAAAACUCCUAUGUCAAGAAAAAGAUAAAGAUGUUCUGGCUAUCGUAAAAAAAACUGUAUUAGAGUUGGACAGAAUGGAAAUGUCUAUGGAUGCGUUUCAGAAAAAGUUUUAUGAAAAGGAUUUGUUAGAUCAAGAGAAAGAAAGAGAAGAACUACUUCUUUUGGAAAUGGAACAGUUAGAGAAGGAGAAGCAACACAAUGAUGGAAGGCCCAUGAGUGAUAAAAUUUUUGAAAAGAAACGUAGAGACAGUAAGACACCAACGCAAAGUCUGCCCAAGAGCAUCCCCAUUUCUGUUCCUGGACCCUCGUCUGUCUCUCCAUCAACAAGCAAAGAAAUCAAGAAAUCCAAAUUGAUUCGAAGCCAGUCUUUUAAUAAUCAAGCUUUUCAUGCAAAAUAUGGCAACUUAGAGAAGUGUGCUAGUAAAAGUUCUACAGCAGGAUAUACACCUUCUGUCUCAGGGUUAACAAAGACUUCUGUGCUUUCACUAACUGAUGACUCAUUCCGGACUCGUAAUGCCAGUAGUGUUCCAACUUCCUUUUCUCCUAGUAUGCCCUUACCAAGUACCUCCCGUGGGACAGCUAACUCAGUUGAUCCCAAGAGCAGUGGAAAUAAAGACACGCAACCACGGAAGGCUACCUUGUAA